AUGGGAGCUGAGAACCUCACCACAGACACAGCCUUCAUCUUGGCGGGGCUCACCAGCCAUCGGAAGACACAGGUUCUGCUCUUCGCUGUGUUCCUGACCAUCUAUUUGCUUACCAUCCUGGGUAACCUGGUCAUCAUCAUCCUAGUGCUGACUGACUCUCAUCUUCAUACACCUAUGUACUUCUUCCUGACUCACCUCUCAGGCCUGGAGAUCUGUUAUGUCACCAGCACCUUGCCCCAGAUGCUGGCUCACCUCCUAGCUGGAAAUGGAACCAUCUCCUUCACCCGCUGCAUGGUCCAGAUGUACAUUGCCCUAUCCCUGGGCUGCACUGAAUGCAUACUGCUAGGUGCCAUGGCCUACGACCGCUACUUGGCCAUCUGCAGUCCCUUGAUGUAUGCUGCGGCCAUGGGCAGGUGGCACCAGAUCCAGCUUGCUUCAGCCUCCUGGUCCGGCGGCUUCCUCGUCGCGCUGAUUAAUGUGACCUGCACCUUUUGCCUCCCCUUCUGUGGCUCCAACCAUAUCAACCACUUCUUCUGUGAACUGCCAGUGGUGCUAAAGCACACAUGUCCCAGCACCCGCUUUACAGAGCCCAUCAUCUUUGUGACAUCCACGCUAAUCCUAGUGGGUCCCCUCUCAGUGAUCCUGACCUCCUACGGCCUCAUUCUUCACUCAGUGUUACAAAUGAGGUCAAGCACAGGACGUCGCAAGGCCUUCUCCACCUGUGCCUCCCAUUUGGCUGUUGUCACAUUAUUCUAUGGCGCUGGCAUCUUUGCCUACAUGGGACCCCAGUCAAGCUCAGAUUCCGAUCGAGACAAGCAUAUUGCUGUCUUUUACAUUGUGGUCACGCCACUGCUCAAUCCCAUCAUUUACACCUUGAGGAACAAAGACAUCCAUCGGGCAGUGGGCAGGGUGCUGCAAAGACCUCACAUGGAAUAA